GGACACAAGGCUGUACCCACAUCGGUCGGCUAUUUGUCAUCAGGCCAAUCAUCCUCACUCUGAGCCUAUAGAAGCAGAAGUGGUCACAAUUUUGGGUGAAGGGGUGUAUCCGUGCGUUUUUAUAUAGCCGUGUUUGUAUCGGCAGCAGACGCGCACAGACGGACCCGGGGAAUGUCCAGAGCGCACGGCCCGCCGCAUGCAAGCGCGCAUUCCUCCCGAACCUGCUCACACCUCCGCCUGUCUCUUUUCCCUCCCACAGCCAAGGAUUACCUCCUGCCCGGGCAUCGUUUGACGGAGUAAGAACGCCACAACCAACACGCUGACUGGGUCAUUGUCUUCUUCCACAUCUUUGGGCUUCUUCGGGGAGGAUAUGGCACGGUGGGCGCUGGAGAGAGGAGCGCAGCCGGCACAGGCGAGAGGAAACAGGAGCUGAAUGACAGGAUACCAGCGACCUGAGCCCCGACACUUCUAACUUUGUUAAAAAUAAGAAGGAAACAAGAGAGAGAGAGACCCUCCCGCUUUAUUUUGUCGAGUGGAGAGAAGAAUACUCGCUCGAAGAACCUACCGGAGGAGUUUCUUUACGGAAUUUUGACCUUUUUUGUAUGCGUAAUUUUAUGUUUUGGGUGAGGAAACAAGGAUGCAUUGUGGAUUAGUCUUGAUCCUGUUCAUGGGAAUCCUUCUGGCGGUCAAGGCUUUCAAAAACGAUAAAUGUGGAGGCAACAUCCGAAUCUCAACGGCCAACUACCUCACCUCGCCCGGAUACCCCCUGGCCUAUCCCCCUUCUCAGCGAUGCGUGUGGGUGAUAUCGGCGCCUGGUCCUCACCAGCGGAUCCUCAUCAACUUCAAUCCGCAUUUCGAUCUGGAGGACCGGGAGUGCAAGUACGACUACGUGGAGGUGCGAGACGGCGUGGACGAGAGCGGUCAGCUUGUGGGGAAGUACUGCGGGAAGAUCGCUCCCUCUCCGGUCGUCUCCUCCGGAAACCAGCUUUUCAUCAAGUUCGUGUCUGACUAUGAGACGCACGGGGCAGGUUUCUCCAUCCGCUAUGAGAUCUUCAAGACAGGUCCAGAAUGCUCCAGGAACUUCACCUCCAACAGCGGUGUAAUAAAGUCGCCCGGUUUCCCAGAGAAAUACCCCAACAACCUGGACUGCUCUUUCAUGAUCUUUGCCCCCAAGAUGUCCGAGAUCAUCUUGGAGUUCGAGAGCUUCGAGCUGGAGCCCGACCCGACGCCCCCCACCGGCGUGUUCUGCCGCUACGACAGACUGGAGAUCUGGGACGGCUUCCCGGGAGUCGGCCCGUACAUCGGGAGGUACUGUGGGCAGAACACACCAGGCCGGAUCAUCUCCUACACGGGCAUCCUGGCGCUGACCAUCAACACCGACAGCGCCAUCGCGAAGGAAGGCUUUUCCGCGAACUUCACCGUGAUCGAAAGGACCGUUCCGGAAGACUUUGACUGCAGCGACCCUCUGGGAAUGGAAUCGGGAGAGAUAACAUCGGACCAAAUCAUGGCCUCGUCCCAGUACAACCCCAGCUGGUCCCCAGAGCGCUCCCGACUCAACUACUAUGAAAACGCAUGGACGCCGGCGGAGGACUCAAACAAAGAAUGGAUACAGGUGGACCUUGGGUUCUUGCGGUUCGUCUCGGCCAUCGGCACCCAGGGCGCCGUUUCCCAAGAGACCCGGAAGAUCUACUUCAUCAAGUCCUACAAAGUGGACGUCAGCUCUAACGGAGAGGACUGGAUCACUUUGAAGGAAGGCUCCAAACAAAAGGUUUUCCAAGGCAACACCAACCCAACAGACGUUGCCAAGACGAUGCUGCCCAAACCCACGCUGACACGCUUCAUCCGGAUCCGGCCCGUUACCUGGGAAACAGGCAUCGCUCUGCGCUUCGAGGUGUAUGGAUGUAAGAUAUCAGAGUACCCAUGCUCGGGCAUGCUGGGCAUGGUAUCGGGCUUGAUCACCGACAACCAGAUCACCGCCUCCUCCCAUACGGACCGCAGCUGGGUACCGGAGAACGCCCGCCUGCUGACCAGCAGGACAGGGUGGACCCUGCUGCCCCAGCCCCAGCCCUUCACCAGCGAAUGGCUGCAGGUGGAUCUUGGCGAGGACAAGCUGUUGAAAGGGUUGAUCAUCCAGGGAGGGAAGCACCGGGAGAACAAGGUCUUCAUGAAGAAGUUCCGCCUCGGCUACAGCAGCAAUGGCUCCGACUGGAAGAUGGUGUUGGACACCAGUGGGAACAAGCCAAAGAUAUUCGAAGGGAAUAGCAACUACGACACUCCUGAGCUGAGGACGGUGGAGCCCCUGCUGACCCGCUUCAUCAGAAUUUACCCAGAGAGGGCCACUCCUGCUGGCAUGGGCCUGCGGCUUGAGCUCCUGGGCUGUGAGAUCGAAGCUCCGACAGUCCCACCUACCACGCACGUCUCGAGCACUACUCCGUCGGACGAGUGUGACGACGACCAGGCGAGCUGCCACAGCGGCACAGGUGAUGACUACGACGUGACAGGUGUUACCACGAUGCCAGAGACCACCACUGCUGAAGUGGAUACCAUACCAGCUUUCCUGUGGUUCGCCUGCGACUUUGGCUGGGCCAAUGACCCGUCCUUUUGCAGCUGGACGUCAGAGGACACUGGUUCCAGGUGGCAGAUCCAGUCCAGCGGCACCCCCACCCUCAACACUGGACCUAACAUGGACCACACAGGUGGAUCCGGGAACUUCAUCUACACCUUGGCGACAAGUCCCCAAGAGACCGAGGUGGCUCGGCUGGUCAGCCCAGUGGUCAGCUCCCCGGACUCAGACCUGUGCGUGUCCUUUUGGUACCACAUGUUCGGGCCGCACAUCGGCACACUGCACAUCAAGCAGCGCAAGCAGACGGUUGAGGGACCGGCUGACAUCCUGCUGUGGACCGUCAGCGGUCACCAAGGCAACCGCUGGAGGGAAGGUCGUGUCCCUGUGCCCCGCACCAACCAACCCUAUCAGGUGGUGAUCGAAAGUCUGGUGGAGAGAAAGAGCUGGGGAGACAUCGCUGUGGAUGACAUUAAGGUGCUCAAUGGACUCAGCAUGACGGACUGUAAAGAUCCUGACGUACCCACUGAGUCGAUGCUACCAGAGGACCGCUUCAACGAAAUCCUUGAGGAGAUCACCGAAUAUCCAGACUUUGUGGAGACCAACCAGAUCAGUGGAGCCGGCAACAUGCUGAAGACGCUCGACCCCAUCCUCAUCACCAUCAUCGCCAUGUCCGCCCUGGGCGUCUUCCUGGGCGCCAUCUGCGGUGUGGUCUUGUACUGCGCAUGCUCGCACGGAGGCAUGUCGGACAGGAACUUAUCCGCCCUGGAGAACUAUAACUUUGAACUUGUGGACGGUGUCAAGCUAAAGAAGGACAAACUCAACGUACAGAGCUCAUACUCAGAGGCGUGAGAUGGGACUGGGUGCACUCGCGUGACUGUAUGGCGUGCAGAGCUCGCAGAGCGUGCACAUAGACUGUCUAGGCAUAUCCUCUCGUGUAUCCACGAGUAACCGGCUCAAAGGACUGCCGACGCCCUCAACUCGCUGGAUGAGGGACAGGUUCAGGAACCAAUGGGAGGGUCGGCCUCAAACACGCUUUUCUCAGGAGCUGCAGUAAAAAGAACCUACCAGUAGGGGACACUGUGUACAGAUAAAAUACAGAAGAAAAAAAUUAUGUACAGAUGAUUUAGAUAUUUUAAUUUUCUAUUUUGAUUUUCAUUCAUUUUUACAAUCGGAUGCUGGUGUUGAGACCAAUUUAUUAAUAAUGUUUAAAGUAUUUAUCGUUUUCUGGGAAAGAAAUGUUUUUUUGUUUUUCUUAUCAGUUCAUGAAGGCUGUUGUUUAUUUUCAAGUUUGAAAGAGACGUAUCAAAAUCCUAAAUGAACCAUAUCCGGCAAAACUGUAGAUUUGCCCUAGCAUACAGGGUGUGCCCAUAACCCAUGGCCCUGAGACAUGUACCCUUUCCCCUUUGACCUCUAUCACUCUAAGGUGAGGGUCCCACUCAUGGCAAUGUAUAUUCUGACAGUGCCUUUAGUACAUUUCGGUUUGGCCUCCUCUGUUGAUCUGGGUGUUUUUUACUGUACUUGGCCUAAGUUUUGAUCACAGGAAACAUGAUCUUAUAAAUACCUGCAAAACAGGUUAACAGUCUAUCACAGCGCUUUGUUUAGUUUUCUUGUUGUUCUGUCCAAAAACCACACACUGUAAAUAAGUGUUAAUAUAUUUUAUUGCCCUUUCUAAGAAAGUAAAAAGAAAGAAGAAAAAAAAAGCUGCGGUAUCCCUUUUUUCAUGGGUUUGUGUGUGUAAAUACAAUCUUCUGACUGUUCUGUGGAA